CAAAACACAGUGAAAAGUCUAGAAAGCUUCCGAAAAAGAUCAACAAGUGGCAGACAACUCAGAAAAAGGACUAACAACAGAAGUGACAUAAAUCAUACAUAAUACUAUAUUUUGAACUAUGUCAGUAAACUGCACUAUGGAGUUUGCUGUGGAGGGCUGUCCUCACAAGGCAAAGAAAGCACUCGAUGGAAAAGAUGGUAUCCAGUCAGUUUCUAUAGAGUCUGGAUCAAACUCAUUGGUUGUACAGUCAAACCUAAGUUCCACACAAGUCAAUAAUAUCAUAGAAACAUCAGGACAGAGGGGUGUGUUGAUGGGCUAUGGAGGGUUAACUGGUAAACCCAACCUUGGUGCUGCAGUUGCUCUGAUGGAUACAGGGUUAGAUAGUAAAGUAAAGGGAGUAGUACGAUUUGUACAGGUAGAUGAUGCCACCUGUGUAGUAGAUGGAACAUUAGAUGGUUUAUUACCAGGAAAGUAUGGGGUUUAUCUACAUGAAUUUGGAGAUAUCUCAGCUGGUUGUAAUAGUUGUGGUGACAUUCUUGGGAAAUCUUUAAACAAGCCUGUUGGAGAGAUUGGUGAAAUCACAUCUAUAGCAGGGAGGGCAGAAUUCCGAGUAACUAAUAACAAUUUUAAAGUUUGGGACAUCAUUGGUAGAUCUUGUGUGUUACAUGACCAGGCACAGACAACAGACAAUAGGUUACUAUGUGGGAUAGUAGCUAGAUCAGCAGGAUUAUUCCAGAAUACCAAAAGAAUAUGUGCAUGUGAUGGGGUACCAGUAUGGGAUGAAAGGGAUACACCAGUUGCAGGACCAGGUCGUAAAUCCAAGAUAUGAAAGUAACCAAUGCAACAUCAGCUUGCUGUCAUCAUACAGAGGUUCACUGCAGGAAGUGAGAGAUACAGUUCAGAUAAUGGCCAUAUCACACAGAUUUGUAAUCAUACAAAGUAUCAUAAUUGUAUUGUAUAUUGCUUACAGAAAUCCAAAUUUAAGUCACCUUUUGAUAUAUUCAUUUUUCAUUUUGAAUAUUAUUUAUCGUACAUUCCAAAAUUCAUUCAAGUUCCCCCGUAUAACUCUUCUUUUAACUUUAAUUUGAUAUUCAAACAGUAAUUGUUUACCUCCCAAACUUUAAAGUACAAAAUGUAAUCAAACAGACACAGGUUUAUAAGGGGAGGGGCCAGUAUAAGAUUUAUUUCCAGUUUAAUAGAUGAGAAUUCAUGUUUUCAAAAUAUUAACAUGAUAUACAAUUUUUCCUAAAUUAGGUUGAUAAUUUGAAAUAGGGGAGAUAACUCUUUAAAAAAGUAAAUCAAACAUAACAUAAUAGACCCCUUUGGAAUUCAUCCAUCACUGGAAAAAACUCUUCAAUUAUGCCCGCCUUUAUGAUGCCAUUUACCAGAAAGAGGGGAUUGCCUAUAUCCCUGCACUUUUAACGUUCAUCUAGUGUAUUAAUGAUCGUCAUUAUGCAGGAUAAACUAGCAAUAAUGUUUGUUCUGUAGGUUCUGUAGUACACAAUUUCCUAAUGAUACAAUUGCUAAUUGUCAAUUAUUAGAAUUCAACUUGCCAUAUAAAUCGUGCAAUAUAGCAUCAUAGUUUUCCAAAAUCUUGCUCCACAUGGGAACAGAAGUGACAAGGCCCCUAAACAUACAAGUGAUAUUCACUAAAACCAAUUUUUUGACAGAAAUGCAUCAAACUCAAAAGUUGUCUGUUAUGUUAUAAUUGCAUUGGAAAUGAUAUGCAGGUAAAAUAAAUCAAAGAAUUGCUGAGCUAGUUUGUAGGAAACCAGUAGUCCUAUCCACAAAUACAGUUGUAGUCAGCCCCUAUCAAAUUAAACAUAUCCUCUUUUUCCAGUGACAGUCCAAGUUAUAGUUUUGGACUAUAAAACUGUAUAGUUUUACAUUUCAUGAUAUAAUGUAAAAGUUAACUUGAUUUAUUUUUAAACUUCACUAUUUUUUUGUGUUCAUACUAUGGGAUUAAUAUGAAUAUAUCUAUUUUAAUUUAAAAUAAUCCUGUAUGUCUGCAUUGUAUUUUUUGUAUUCUAAAUUAUUAACUGCAAUAUAUUUUUAAAUUUCAAAUACACUGAUCAAAGGACCAUUUCUAAUCAUACUGUUAAUUGAUUUAUUGAGAAAUUUCAUCAUUUUAGAAAAAAAUCAUUUAUGAAAUAAAAGAUAAUUAAAUUUGUAUUAAGAAUAGCCAAUUAAAUCAUUGACAUGAUUACUUUGUAACUUCGUAUUAAUUCUGAGGUAGAAAAAACAAAUUAUUUGGUUGAUUGAUUAUUCAUUGCACAAUGAAAUAAUUAUUAUCAUGUAAAUCUAUUGUGUGAAUAUUCAA